UAGAGUCAGGAUGGCAUGUGUGUGUACUGUGUAACUAUUUGACCUGUUUUACAACUAAUUGACGGGGAGUUUCCUUACACUUCAAAUUCAAAGUAGAUUGUCUCCACACUCCGUCAUGAUGGUACACCAGAAAUAUAAAGAUGGAUUUUGAAUUUUAAGACAGGUUAUUGAAUUACUGGUAUUUUGAAUGAAACAUUUGUUUUCUGAGUGUAACUGUUACGUUAAAACCAUGUAAUUCAAUCAAUCUAAUUAACGAUUAGGAUUUCCUAACACUUGACUUUUUUCUGUGGUUGAAGUGGCAUGGCAGUAUAUACAGACCCCAAACAUCACUACAGUAUGGAUGUAACAAGUGAUGGUGAAACAGACCUAGAUUUCUGAAAAUUCUCUGGUGAAGUAUGUAAACAGCCCUGCGAUGAUGACACACAAUGUUGGAUCGUACUGGACGAACGUUUGUUAUCCUCGGUCCCUGGACUACGACUCUGAAUAACUAACUACCAUUUUGAAAGCUACACAUCUCAAAUCCCCAAAUGUCAACUUGUCCUGCUUUGAUAUCAUGGACAAUCCUUAUCAUUGGUUUUCUGCAAAUUACUGGAACUGUGUCAAACCCAGUGAGUCUGUCAGGAUUGAGAGGGGAUGCUUUGGGAAUUAAUGAGGGCGGUCAGGGUUACGCCGCUCUGCCCUCCAGUCAGCAUCAUACACAGCUCCAUGACCAAACUGACGCUGAACACAGACAGCAAGCUGAGCAUGACCCUCUAGCAGAACAAGAACCACAAGAGGAGCAACAAGGGGUACCACAAGAGGAGCAACAAGGGGUACCACAAGAGGAGCAACAUGGGGAUUCUAAUGAGGAACCACAAGAGGAAGCACAGGGGGAACAAGGUGAGGAGAUACAGGAUGGACUGGAUAGAGGGACUAGACAUCUAGUAGACCCAGAUAGAAAUAUUUCCUCAGUAGAACAUAUCUAUGGAACAGAUGUGCCAGAAGGUCUUAAUAUAGAUGAGGGCAGUGAAAUCCCCAGUGAACAACAACAGAUGGGCGGGAACACAGAGGGGAUGAACCCCGAGAGGACAGCUGUACACCACCAAAUACUCCCUGAGGAGACAGGUCCCCAUGAGGAACCAGAACCUGGCGACCAUAUCAGUUUCCUGCCGGACCAUUCUGGUCCUUUUCCUGGAGAGUCUGAGGGCAGCCAUGGAGAUGAGAGUUUUCCUGAGGAUCAUAUUCACACAGAACCUGCCCGGAUACAUGAUGGGCCCAUCGUCAGACCUCUGCCAACUGAAUCUGUACCUGUUGACCUUCCAGACGAGAACCAACAUUCAGGUAUUGAGGAACAGCAUGGGGAAGGGUCCAGAAACACUACAGAUAAUGAAAACAGUACAGAUAUAUUCUCAAAUAACAAAGUGGAAAUGUCAUCAAAAAGCAUUUUUGACGAGCAGAAUCAGACUGCUGCAGUCACCACAAAGAAUCCAAAUGCUGACUCUAGUAACAGUAGUGCUCAUGAUGAUAAGAAAUUAAAUGAAAGUAUUAACAGUACUGUUUCACCUUCCUCUCAUUCCAUCAGUCCUACACCUUCCAUCACAGCCAACAUAUCUACGUUGGGUACCAGUCUGGAAUAUCAAGCCUCCUCAGAGACACUCGACCAUACUGUUGCUAUGGACACAGUUACAGUGAUGGAAAGUGUGGUAUCUACAAGUUCAGGAGUAGAAAGUAGCAGAACUCAAACAACGAGAGAAAAUCUUCUCACAGUAACACAAUUGGAUUCAUCUGUGAUAGAUGUUCAGCCUUCUUAUAGUGAACAGAUGACAAGUUUGAUAGACAAAUCACAGUACAACAUUGAAUCUAGCACAGGUAGUGGAGAAAAAAUAUCUACAACAACUACGAACAUUCCAGUUACGAUAUCACCAACUCAGUCAGUUUCUUCUGAAAAUCACCUGUAUGAUUCUAGUGUGGGGAUAUAUAUGUCUGGCUCCCAGGGAUACAUAGACCAUAUUGCAUCUUCCAUCAUGGAUCAAAUCCACCUCAGUCACUCCAUAAGCCCAGUCAGUACUGUAACACAUACAAAUUCUCCAACAAUUGGGAGUCUUCCCUUGGCUUCCCAAGGUGUGGUCAUACAUGACAAUGAUGGCCAGCAACAGACAACCACAGUAGAAAAUACAGGAUCUUCAACUAACACAUCAACCAUUCCCGGUUAUUACACAAAUUCUUCAGUCACAACUACAUCCAUAUAUCCCUACACAGGUGAUAGUAGUCCAACAAACUCUUCCAUUCAUGAGAUACACCCACAAACAUCAGACAGGCCCCUUACAGAAUCGCCUGGUCGUAGUACGUCCCCUUCAGCACAUGGAGUAGUAACACCCCCAUCAUCAAGAAGUACCAGUACAGCACCAAAAACAACACAGUAUUAUUCCGAUGUUGUGACUCUAUUUUUGACAACUAAAAAAGCCAAUCAAUCUUCAACGAAAAUGCAGGAAAAAACAUCCAGAACAACCUCAAUAACUGAUAGGAGUCAGAACGUUACUUCAACAUUGAGAAGCACAUUAUUUUCUACAACAAGUGCUACUGUAGGUACUGUUAAAAACCCAAGUACUUCUCAUAAACACAUCCAUGUGGGCACAGACCUCCCUUCGGUAUUCAUCAGCAUUCAACUUCAAAUGACCUUGAUCGAGUUCUGUUCCCAAAAACAAACAUUUAUCACAGAACUGGUUAAAAUAGUUGAAGAUCACCAACAAAUUGAUAUCCAACAACAACAGGUGGUACUAUUAAAUAUUCGGCCCAAAAUGUGUGAGAAACUGCUGGAACCUUUUACGGAUAAUGAUAACAUUGAGGAGGUCAAGGUCGAGUUGUAUUUUCUGGAUACAGACGGAAAGGCAGAUGAACAAAUGACCAAAGUUGUCAGUGAGAUUAUCAAGCAGGGAUUUGAUGAACAAUCAGAGUCCCGUUUUAAACAGAAGUUGAUGGAUGUGAAGCUGAUCCAUCCAAAUGAGUUUGUGAGCCCAGUAAAUGGCCCUAAUAAUCCUCCUACUGUACCCAAGCCUAAACUGCAGACAGGAAUCACCAUCGUCAUAGUGAUAGCCUCUGUGGGGGGCUUCUGUUGUGUGUGUCUCCUCCUACUCCAGAUAAUUAUCCACCACCGCCAGAGUGGUAAGAGGAUGAAGUCCUACCCGGGAAGGUCAGGCCUCUCCAAUGUCCCCAGCAUGGACUCCAUAGCUUUGGGAGUGGUCCCUAAAUCUAGGCCCAACAGUGGGUUCUGGAACCCAGGUCUGGAACUACAGAAUGAAUCCUCAGAACCUACGAAUGUAUUGGAAUAUACCGCCUUGUCAAACUUUACCAUGGAUCCUGAUGUCCAAAAUAAGGAAUUUGAGAACCUGGCAAUGGAAAUGCCAAAAUUAUCAUCUGUACCAGUUGGAGCUGAAGACAAAAAUAGAUUUGCUAAUGUAAUUCCUUUUCCACACAGUCGAAUCAAGCUGAAGAAAAUACCUGAGGAGGAUAACUCUGAUUAUAUUAACGCCAAUUAUGUCUCGGGCUACAACCAUGCCUACAAGACGUACAUUGCCACACAAGCCCCACUACGCGGGACGAUGAGUGACUUCUGGAGGAUGGUAUGGGAACAACAAUCUCGGGCCAUACUUAUGCUUGUUCCCAUGCAAGCAAAUGGACAGCCUAGCUGUGAGAAUUACUGGCCGGACACUGAGGGUAUGGACUCCUGUCUACAGUUCGGGGACAUCACAGUAGUACUAAAGAAAAAGGAUGUUCAGCAGGAAUACACCAUGUAUGUACUUCAGCUGAAGGAUAUUGAGAACAAUUUGAUCCGUGAGAUCCACCAUUUCUGGUACACUUCCUGGCCUAAAGAUGGCAUACCUGAGCCUAUAUCAUUGGUCAAAUUUAUCCUCGACACACGUCCACAUUUUGAAGAUAGUGGUGCCCCAGUGGUUGUUCAUUGCAGUCCUGGGACUGGGAGGACAGGUACUCUGAUAGCCAUAGAUAUAUGUAUGAGGUCGUUUGAGGACAGACGUAAGGUCGACAUCCUCCACUGUUUACAUUGCAUGAGAGGCGAGAGAGCUGGUGCUGUACAGACAAAGGAACAAUACCGUCUUAUCUAUAGUGCCUUACAUGAAUAUGCCACUAUUGUGACAAGUCCAAAGGUUUCCAUAUCCUCCACAGCUGGGGCAUUACACAAGAUGCUGUGACCUUCAUGACCUUCAUUGUGAGAACCACAUGACCUUUGUUAACCAAUGAGAUGGAUUCUCAAUAUCAUGAAUAAUCACAGUGAACUAGAACUUGCUAUGUGUUAUGUGUGAUAUGAACAUCCAUUCUGUUUGUGAUAGUUUUAUUAUAAUUCAUUAGUGAUUGAUUAAUAUGCAUAUAUAUGUUCACAUUCCCUGUAAAGAGAGAUUUUGUGUAGAGUAACUACCAGGCAUUCAGUUAGAUAUAUUUUUCAGGAGGAAACAUUUAACUGUCAAUCACACAUUUUUCCCACCUAAUCAUUCCAGGAGAACUCCAGCUGAUCAUGAGAUACUCUAAAUCAGAUCAAACAUAACCACAGGACAACAAGCCAUGUCUCCUUGAAGCGUUUGAACCUGCAAUUUUGUACAAUGCAUUACAUAUAUACAGUAUUAAUAAGCUCCCUUCCCAAUUGUAAAAUUUAGCAUUAAAGUUUGGAGGGUUUAUCUUUGAACCACUUUUAACAAUCACCAGUAACUACUUUGAAAUGUAUGAUUUUGCAAAAAUGAAGAAGUGGGCUUAAUUGUGAGCAGGGGCAUAAUUGUCUUCCACAAAACAGUUUAAUACUCUGUUAAAUAUCACAUUAAAAUAUUAUUUGGUUUUAAAGAAGUGCAAUAACAAACUUUUAAAAUGUGCAAUUGAAUAUCUUACCAAUGGCUAAAGCUGGUAAUAUAACACUGUGAUAUAUUUAGAACUAUGAAUCCCAUGUACAUUUACAUAACAUUUACUUUCAGUUAAUAGCCUGAUUUCAUCCAAAAUUGUUUAACUUUGUAUAUACAUUUUACAUUUUAUACCAUUAGCUUGAUAUCAGAUACUUUCUCAUAAAGCCAUAUGCAUAUGUAUUAUCAGUUCAUAAAUAUAUAGCAAUUAAACAUUUACCAUCCCAAAAUAUAAUGUUAAAGCCUUAUUAUGUUGUACAAUGAAAUCCAUCCCGAAGUAUUUUAUGUUAAAACAUUAUUAUGUUGUAUAUUAUAAAGAAAUCCAUCCCUAAAUAUUUUAUGUUAAAACAUUAUUAUGUUGUAUAUGAUAAAAAAAUCCAUCCCCAAAUAUUUUACCCUAAAACCUUACUACAUGUAUUUUACCAUUUUUUAGGCCAUCUUUAAAAAUAUCUUGGUUUGCUGUAACCCGAUCAAGGAGAUUUACAUGGUAGGUGGGUAGUGCUGAACUUAUUUUUUAUUCAGUUCAGAAAUCAGAUUUUUAACUUUCAAUACAAAAAAAUAAACCAGAAUAUAAACUGUUUGGAAAUCAUUAUUUAUUUUGUGAUCUUAAACAAAAGAAACCCACACCAAGCUUAUUUUGGUUUGCAAGAUGUAUUUUCAAACUUGUAAAGCAACUUUCGCACAUAAAUAUCCAGAACGGUCAAGUCAUUAAAAAAAACAGGGUUUAUUUUUCACAACAAAAUUUUCUGAGUAGGUGCAUUUUUUCUGGGUCGGGCAGGUUAUGCCAAACCAACUAUAUUUUUAUUUUGUUUGGCCUUAUACAAUAUUUUUAACAAAUAUUGUAAUGUAGGUUGGCAAUGUGCAAUAUCUAACACUUUAGAAUAAGUGUACAUGUAUAUCAUGGUAUUUACAUGUAUAUAUAAUCAUAUAAUGUUACAGUAUGUGUAUAAUUGAAUAUGGAAGUUUAAUUUAGUAUAUGUAAUUCUUAACUGGGAUCAGUUUGAGCAAUAGUCAAAUGCAGAAAACAACAAAAUUGAGAGGGAAAAAAACAAUUCUGCAUUUUGCAGCUCAGUUAUUUCUUUUUUCUUUUUUUUUUUUUUAUGGUUCCAGUAACCAGUCAGAAUUUUGAAGCUUGUGAAAUCAGGUGACUGGUUAGAAUUUUGAAGCCUGCAAAAAUAGGCAACCGAUCAGAAUUUUGGAGCCUACAAUUAUGUUCAGUUUUUAUGGACUGUAAAAUCCAAUACAGAUCAUUGCUCACAUGCUUAUUUCUAUGCACUCAUAUUGUGACACAUUGCUGAAAUGGAAUUUAUUAGUGCAAUGACAAAAUAAAAUAGUAUAUAGAAACAGUAAUUUGAAUCGCCAUGAUUAAAGUACAGUGCUUUCAAUGCUAAGCUGAGAUUAUCAACAAAAUGAUGUUAUGUACAUUAAGUAUGAAGUUAAGGCUGAUAUACAAGAAGUGACAUUAUUUUGUAACCCAGGUAAUUCUGAUUUAAGUGCCUCGUCCAUAUGCCAGUCAUUAUUGAUGUUUUAUUAUUUUAAGCAAUAAAUGUUUUAAGAAUUAAAUGAUGUCAUGGUUCUAUAACAGCACUUCUAUAGCUGGCAAACUUGGCAGCAUUUGCUAAAUUUUGAUAGAGUGUAUGAUUUUUUUUAUUUUUUUUUUUCAAAACUCAGAUUGUGAAGUUUAUGGGAACAUCAAAAUUAAUGAUGCCACAGUAGUGGUCACAUGAUAAAAUGGUGUCAUGUUCUCAUACCACAUAUUGCAUAUCCAUACCUUGUAAUGGGAUGAAGCAGAGCAAUUGUAAAUAUGUCAUAAUGACUGUUUGUAUGACAUUAAGUCACCACUGGUUGUAAUCAUUAUUUGUCUAUAACUGUCAUGAAUGUUUCUGAGAGGCAAGGUUAAAUGAAGUAUUAAAGAACAUGACCUUUAA